UUUUUUUUUUUGAUUAAAAUAUACUAUUUAUUUGUUUAGUUACACUUUUUGUUUAUUAUCAACAGAAAUGGGAAAAGUUGGAAGGUCAAGGACUCAUAAGGGUAAUAGAGACAAAUAUAGAAAAUAUCGAACAAGAAACUAUGCUAAAGAUCUUGAUCAAGUUCAUGAAGAUAUAAAAAAAGUUACAGAAAAUGGAGGAGAUGAAACAAUUUUGAAAAUACAAGAAUGGAACGAAGAUUUACCGGGAUUAGGACAAUAUUAUUGUAUACCUUGCGCUCGAUAUUUUAUUAAUUCUGAAGCUCUUAAUGAGCAUCAACGUGGCAAGAAUCAUAAAAAACGGGUUAAACUACUUAAGGAAGUUCCUUACACACAGGCAGAAGCGGAGGCAGCAGUCGGAUAUUCAACAGAAAAUUCAAGAGGAAAUGCUAUCAUAAAUAAUUAAUCAAAUAUAUUCAUUGAAAAAUUGGGCUAUAUUAUUAAUAAACUGGAAAAAAAAGCCAUUCCUGAAUGUAAUGUCACACAUCAGUGGGAGAGUCCAAGAUUAGUUAGAAUAAAACGUGCGUCAAAUUUAUAUAAUAUAAACAAUAAACCAAAUUAGAAGGGACUCGCAUGUGGUAGUGAUGUGGAGGAAAUAAUUUUUACUCGUUUUUAAAAAAAAAACUUCUUUAUUUGGAUUUAUUUAAGCAUGCAUGUUUGAAAAUUUUUUGUGAUACCAUAUAACUUUGCAUUAUCUGAAAUUCUCAAAAUAAAUUAAUUCAAGUUUGAA